CGUCACUUUUGGUUCAUAAUCAAAUCAUCAUUAAUAAUCAUGUGGAAAGAACGUUUUAUAAAUUUUUUAUAGUAAUUUUGAUUUCUUACAUAUAGAAUACUAUUUUCUAAGUGAAAAUUUAUAUUGGAAUUUCAAAAAUAUGUCUAAUAAGAACAGCAUUUCAGAAAAAGGUCAUAAUCUUAAAGCAAAAUCACUGAAAGACAUAUUUUCCCGUGCUGUAACUAAGUCAUCAGAAUGGCCUGAUAAAGACGAGUUUCUAGAUGUGAUUUAUUGGUCGAGACAAGUUAUUGGAAUAAUUUUAGGAAUAAUAUGGGGUGUGAUACCACUUAAGGGCUUCCUGGGCUUAGUAUUGUUCGCUGGUAUCAGUUGUGCUAUUGUUUAUCUAUAUUCAAUUAACUUUCAAUCAGUUGAUGAAGAAGAAUAUGGUGGAGCAUGGGAGUUAGUUAAGGAAGGAUUUAUGACAUCUUUUGCUGGCUUUUUAGUUACAUGGAUUAUAUUUUACACGGGUCUACAUUAUGAUAGUAUAAUUGCAAAUAGAGAGUUUUAAAAAAUUUGUUAUAUAAAUUUUUAAGGAGCUCUUUAAAGAUUUUGGGCAUUUUUUUUUUUAUUUUGUCGAUUCUAGUAAAUUUUUGUAUACCGUUUUUUUAUUGAAUAUUCAAAAUUUAAUUUUAAUUGAUAAAUGCGGGUGCAUAUAAAUGUCUGCCAUUAAGAAAAUUGUGUUAAAUAUCUUGUAAAUCUUUACAAAAAUCUAAGGCAAUAUGUAAUAAAACAGUGAAUAAAAUUUCUA